AACCCUGGAAGUUCAAGACAUGUGGAACAGGUUGCAGAACUCACCUCAGAUUCAAGGCAACGUAAUACUGCUGAAAGUGGAACUCGGGAUAAAUCAAAUGUGAGGGAUGAGCUUGAUCAAGAACAGGAUUUUGGUGGAUUCAAAGAGAAACAUGUAGAUGAGGGCACUGCUGAAGUGGCAAAUGAUGCUGCACAUCAUUUAAGGGCGGAAGAGGAGGUGGAUAACGAUAGGCGUGAAAAUUUCAUGAAUGAUGGGAAGAACAAUGAUAGUCUUGAAGAGCCCAAGUCGGGGAUGUUGUUUAGUUCCAAGGAGGAGCUUUUUGCUUAUUAUAAACAAUAUGGGAAACAAACUGGUUUUGGGGUCAUGACACAAAGAAGUAAAAAGGAAGUGGAUGGGAGUGCCAAAUAUUUAACGUUAGGAUGUGCUCGUGGUGGCAAGGCACAAAAUCGAACAUCCAAUGUUUCUAAGCCACGUCCAACAACAAAGACGAAUUGUAAGGCCAAGAGUAAUGUGAUGUUGGUUGAUGGAUCAUGGCGUGUGACUCCAGUUGAGAAUACACACAAUCAUGCACUAAAUUCAUUCAAGUCGAAGUUCUUUAGAUGUAAUAGAAAUGUUGAUGAUGUCGUUGAGAGGCAGUUAGACGAAAACGAUGAGAUUGACAUACAAAUGAAUAAAAGUUUCGACGAGGUGGUUGAGCUCAAGAAUAUUCAAUUUAUAGAGAACGAUUGUCGAAAUUCUAUUGACAAAACACGACACCUUCAACUUGGUAAAGGAGGCGCUAAGGCACUAUGUGAGUAUUUUGAGAGAAUGCAGUACAAGAAUGAUGGAUUCUAUGUCAUGAUGGAUUUGGAUGAUGAUUCGAGACUAAGAAAUGUUUUUUGGGCCGAUGCACGGAGUAGGGUAGCGUAUGAAUACUUUGGAGAUGUUACGUUUGAUACGACUUACCUGACUAAUAGUUACAACAUGCCCCUUGCACUUAUUUUGGGUGUAAACCACCAUGGUUAGUCAAUCCUUUUAGGAGUAGGAUUGAUAUCAAGUGAAGAUACAAAUACUUUUGUUUGGUUAUUUCA